AUGGCCGAGCACCAACUCGCGGCGCUCCUCGAGGCCACCCUCUCGCCGGACAAUGCCACGCGCUCCGAGGCCGAGCGGGAGCUGUCGGCCAUCCAAGGUCCCGACAGCGACGCUCAGGGCAAUGUCGGUCUCGCUCUGGUCAACCUCUUGCUCGACGCCUCCCUUGCACUCCAUCUGCGCCAGUCGGCCGGCAUCGCCCUGCGCAAGUUCAUCACCCGGCGCUGGUCGCCCUAUUUUGACCCCUUUGCCGGCUCGCCCGCCGUCGAUGCCGCCGUCAAGGACCAGAUACGCCAGCGCCUGCUCCAGGGUCUCGCCGAUCCGCAGAGAAAGGUGCGACUCGCCACGUCCUACGCCAUCUCGACCAUCGCCGGGCCCGACUACCCGGACCAGUACCCGCAGCUGCUGCCAUGCCUCCAGCAUCUGCUCCAGCAGGACGAUCCUCACGCCAUCCACGGCGCCAUGACGCUGCUCUGCGACUUUGUCAAGGUGGAGAUGGACGAGGUGCAGCUGAUGCAGGUCGCCAGGGAGGUGCUGCCCACCCUCGAGGAGCUCCUCGCCGACGAGCAGCGCCACACGCCGCAUAUCCGCGCACGCUGCAUCCUCGUCUUCCGCCAGUGCCUCACCACGCUGUUCAUGGUCCGGGAGAGCUUUCCGGACGUCGCCAAGCAGGCCUCCAACGAGCUUCUGCCCCGCUGGCUCAGCGCCAUGGAGUCGCUCCUCGCCAAGGACGCCGCAGCCGAGCUCCAGUCCGGCGGCGAACGCGGCUGGGAGACUCUCUCGCUUCGCAACGAGAUCUUCAAGACGCUCAAGGUGGCCGCCAUGUUCCGCUCGCAGUUCAAGUCGCACGUCGACGGCCUGAUCCGGCUCUCGCUGGCCAACCUCUCGUCGCUGCUGCCCGUCUUUACCCGCGUCUACCUCUCCUCGUCGUCGGACGUCACGCCGCCAGCAGGCGAGGAGGGCGACGACGAUGUCGCGGCCGACCUCCCCUCGCUGGCCUGCUCGAUCCUCGACUUUAUCGCCGAGGCCUCGCGUGGCGACCGAUGCCGCGCCGUCUUCCUCUCUGGAGGCACCGGCGGCGAUGGCGCCGAGACCGAGGCCCUCUCCCAGCUCGUCGCCCUCCUCCUCGUCUACGUCGACAUGACCACCGACGACGAGGACAACUGGGCCAACGACGCCAACGCAUUCAUCGCCGACGAAGACGACGAGACGCUCGCAUACAGCCUCCGAAUCGCCACCGCCGACCUGCUCGGCACGCUCAUCGAGGACUAUCCGGGUCCGGCACUGCGAUGCCUUGGGCGCGAGGUCGAGCGGAGGGUGCAGCAGGGCAGCGCGAGCAAGGCGCGCGGCGAGGAAGAGUGGUGGAAGGCACCAGAGGGCGUGCUGACGGCCAUCGGCAACAACGCCGAGGCCAUCACCGAGAUCCUCGACGCGCAGAGCGCCAGCGGACAGUCGAACCUGGACGUCGAAGCCAUCUUCACCAAUGUCGUGCUGCCGAACGUCGGCGCCGACGCACCGCCGUUCCUGCAGGGCAGAGGCUUCGUCUUCGCGUCGCAGUUCGCCUCGACGCUGCCGCAGGAGCUGGCGGUCCAGUUCCUCGAGGCGGCCGUGAAUGCCAUCGACUCGGACGCUGCCAGCCUGCCCGUCAAGAUCUCGGCGGUGCGCACCAUCAAGAACUUCUUCCGCCACCUGCCGUCGCGGACCGUGGCUCCCUUUGCUGGCCGGAUCGUGCGGCAGCUCGGGCCGCUGCUGACGCAGGCGUCCGAGGACACGCUCGUGCUCGUCGUCGAGACAAUCCAGAGCGUCGUCGUCGAGGACGAGGAGGCGGCGCACACGGCCGAGGGCCCGUUGCCGCCCAUCGUCGAGCCGCAGGUGAUUGGCUCCAUCGUGCAGGCUGCGCUCCAGAUCUGGGCGCCCAACGCGCGCGACGUGAUCCUGCUCAGCGUCGUCUCGGACCUGCUCGAGUCGCUGGCCGGGUCCAGGCAGCAAGGCGUCCCGGAUGUCGUUGUUCAGAGCAGCAUGCCGCUGCUCGCGGCGGCGAUCGGCUCCGGCAUCGAGCAGCAGGACAACGAACCCUCUGCGCUCGCCGAGACGGCCGUCGAGCUGGCCAAGAGCGUCCUCGACGGCGCCGAGUCCGCAGCGCUGCGCGGCGUCGUGGCGAUACUCUGCCCGAACCUGCUCAAGGUGCUCAAGGUCAGCGAGGACCGCGAUGUCCAGCAGAACGGCAUCGAGUGCCUUACGCUGCUGGUGCGCAAGUGCGGUCCGGAGCUGCUGGCCUGGCGUGAGCCGGCGGCCGCAUCGGCGCCGUCGGCCGUCGAGUCGAUCCUCGAGGUUGUCGCCCGCCAGCUUGCGCCGACCGACUCGUCCGAGUCCGGAGGGCUCGCCAUCGGCGACCUGGUGAUCGCGCUGCUGCGCAAGGCAGGCGACCAGAUCGGACCGGUGCUGCCCCAGCUGGUCGACGCCAUGGUGCGGCGCCUCGCGACGGCCCAGACGGGCACGUUUUGCCAGUCGCUCAUCGUCCCCAUUGCGUUCCUGAUGCAUCGCGACGAUGCGCAGGCCAAGCAGGUCAUGGACCUGCUCGAAGGGAUCGCCAUUGCGCCCUCGACCGGCGGCGGCGGCGGCGCCGACGAAGCCUCCUCUGCGGCAGCGAGCGGCAGCGGACUCGAGGUGCUGCUGCGCAAGUGGGUCGAGAACGCCGACACGUUGCAGGGCUUCUGGCAGCAGCGCAUCAGCGCGAUGGCGCUGUGCAAGGUGGUCGGGUCGGGCCGGCGGCUGCUGGGCGAGGUCGUGGUGCGGGGCGACCUGAUCCCGGACACGUCCAACGUUAUCCGUACGCGGUCGAGGGCCAAGACGAUGCCGCACCAGUACACGCAGGUGCCGCUGCUGGCCAAGAUGGUCAAGCUGCUCAUCAAGGACUGGACGCAGGCCACGCGCGGGCCGCCGGAUGCGUCGGCGGCGGGCGGUCUGGGCGAGGCGGCGGGUGCGCGUACGCCCGAGACGGACGACGAGGAUGGCGAGUGGGACGACGAUGACGCCGACGACAUCCACGGCGGCGCCGGGGCCGGGGCAAAGUCACGCAACAAGGAUCUCGCCUUCCUCUCCGACAUGCUCGGACCGGGUGGGCUCGAGGCCCUCAACGCCGAUGGUGGCGACGGCGACGACGACUUUUGGAGCCUCAACCCGUCGGAGCGCGAUCCGGACAUCCUCAACGAUGCCGUCUACUCGAUGGACUUCAAGGCUUUCCUCGAGGAGUUCUUCCUCGGCCUCUCCCAGAGCCGGGGCGAGGAUCUGCAGCGCGUCUACUCGCUCCUCAACGACGAGGAGCAGAAGUGGGUCAGGAUGGCCGUCGAGGCUGCUGGUCGUCGUCAGUGA